GGGCGGGGCGGUGGCGCGCGCGCUCCCGCGCUCCGGGCGGGCGGCGGCGGGGCCAUGGGCUGCUUCUUCUCCCGCCGCGGGAAGGCGGCUCGGCAGCCGAGCGGGGACCGGCAGGGCGCGGCGGCUGGCGACGAGAAGGCGCCGCCGCCGCAGUACAGCUGGGACCAGCGAGCCAAGAUUGACCCUAAAGAUUAUACUUUUUCCGGACUUAAAGAUGAAACUGUGGGUCGACUGCCUGGAAAAGUAGCAGGGCAACAAUUUGUCAUUCAGGACUGUGAGAACUGUAAUAUCUACAUAUUUGAUCAUUCUGCUACAAUCACUAUUGAUGACUGUGUAAACUGCAGAAUCUUUUUAGGACCAAUAAAAGGCAGCGUGUUUUUCCGUGACUGUAAAGAUUGUAAAUGCAUAGUGGCCUGCCAACAGUUUCGCACUCGGGACUGCAGAAAGUUGGAGGUAUUUUUGUGCUGUGCCACCCAACCCAUUAUAGAGUCCUCCACAGGUAUGAAAUUUGGAUGUUUCCAGUACUAUUACCCUGAGCUUGCUUUACAAUUUAAAGAUGCUGGACUGAGUAUCUUCAAUAACACAUGGAGCAAUAUCCAUGACUUUACGCCUGUGUCAGGAGAAAAUAACUGGGGCCUUUUGCCUGAGAAUGCUGUAGUACAAGAUUAUGUUCCUCUGCCUAGCUCUGAGGAGCUGAAAGCUGUCAGAAUUUCUACUGAAGCUACAAGGAGCAUAAUACCAAUAACCCAAGGGCGGAGACAGAAAUGCAGUGAUGAAUCGUGUUUGGCUGUGUUUUUUGCUGGUGACUACUCAACUGCAAAUGCCAGGAAAUUAAUUGAUGAGAUGAGUGGUAAAGGCUUUCAGCUGGUACAGACUAAAGAAAUCUCAAUGAAGGCAGAGGAUGCUCACAGAGUUUUCAAGCAGUGUGCAUCAGAAUUCAUCCCACUGCUUGACAAAGGUCCAGUGGUUGCUUUGGAGUUCAGUGGGGAUGGUGCUGUGGAAGCAUGUCAAAGUACUAUAAAUGAUGUUUUCAGUGGGACCAAGGUUUUUGUAUCGGAGAGCAAGGCAUCAGCGUCUCAAGAUGUAGACAAUUUCUUCAACUUUGCUGACAUGCAGAUGGGAAUGUGAAGUUUAACUUGAAGGUGUUCACGUACAGUUUGUCUCAGCAUGUGGAUGUCACUUGGCUUGACUAUUGCUGUAGUAUCUGAGAAGUUUUGUUACUUGGUUUUGUAUUUCUUAUAUAUCCCUUUUAUAAAGCUGUUGGUGGUUUUAACACCAUAUUACCUGAACUGGAGUGAAUGGCACAGCUCCCUACAUGUGUUGUGUUUGAAGUUUGUAUUUCGACUCCGGAAACAAUGGAGAUUUUCUACUAACUUUUUACAGUGAUUUCUAAAGUCUACUGACGCUUGAAUAUUUCUUGUCGACAUGUAAUGGUAAUACAUAUUUGAAAAGUGCAAUUCUGAUCCAAAUUUGCACUAGUUAUUGUUAUCUUUAAUUCAGACACACAGUUUAGAAAGCACAUUUACGUGAAAUUUGCUGUUCAAAAUUUUCCCACGUGCAAAUAUGUCUUUACUGGCUGGGGGCCAGGGAGGAAGCUGGUCAUUGACUUUUUCUGAAAGCCUAGGCUAACAUGCUUUCAGAAGCAGAGUAAUUUUAUAAAAUGUGCAUCUGUCUUAUUUUGCUUCAGCAGCUCUUUUGAAUAAAGCUGUUCACAGCAGCAUUUAUGCUGAGAGGUGUCAUAACAGCAUUCUGGUAAGUGAGUACUCACAAGGCUCUGCUUUGAGGUGAAUUCUGAGCAUGAGGGCUCUUCUGAAGAUCCUUCAAGGUCCACUCGGGGUCUUUGGGGAUACAGCUUCAUCUGAUAUUCACAAUUCAUGUAUGGGAUAUACUUAAGGUUCCCUUGGACUCAGAGCAGCAAGUCUCUGGCACUGUUGUUGCUUGCUAGAAGGAACAUAAAGCAACCAGAAGUUGGAGAAGGGCUCUGAUGGCAUUAAAAAAGCUUUUGCUCACUAGACAGCAGGAGAAGGGUUUUACACUCAGUGGUAUUAAUAAAAAUUUUGCCAUAAAGUUCUACUCACACCUAUAUGGUUUAUUUUGGAUUAAUUCUAAAAACAAACCCAAGAAGCACUGCUAGUAGUUUGGGACGUGCACUUCAUCAGUGAGGAUGCUUAUUGCCUAGUGUGUAUAUUAGAAUGCAAAUCUAUUUAGAUAUUAAAUACAUAAUUGAUUUUUAUUUGGUGUUACUUCCUUACUGAUUUUUCUGCAUGAACUUCAAGUUUAUGUCCAGGUUUACAAGCCCUGUGUAAUACUUAAACAGAUUGUGCAUGCAGUCACACAAACCUAAAAUUCUUGAUUAAAGUUGUGGAUGGCCAAUUUAUGUAGCCUUUGCAAUCCAUUGAAUGCCCUGGGGUUGUGUUGAGGUGCUAAAGUAAUAAUUUCCUCAUUAUGGUCAUCUGUCAAAAGGGAAGAUCUCAUGCAUCUUAACUGAAAAUGUGUCUCAAUUCAUCAGAUUCACAGCUUUGAAUCUCCAAGAGUGGGUGGCUAAAACACAUCUCUUACUAAUUUUUUAGAAUUAGCAAAUGGAAGAAACUGUUCUCCUGAAAUUCAUAUUGCUGUCAUGCCUGAGAGAUGUUCUGAGCAGUCACUUCGUUGCUAAAAGAUAAAUGCUUACCCUUAGUUUAAAUUAUAUAUAAAGAGUAUGUCUUUAGGACCUCUUAUUAAUGUUAUGUAUAGGUUAAAUAAGGAAGAAUAUUACCUUAAGUCACUAAACUAUUGAUGUACUGAGGGUAAGAAAAAAUUCACUUCUGUGAAAUGCUUUAUUUUUUUUUUUUUUUUUUUUUUUUUUAAUUUGACAAAGUGAAAUAGAAUCAAAAUGCCUCGGAAUCUGACUGGUAGUGGAAAUUGUCACUUAUUUGCACUUAGCAAGCCAGGAUAUUUUUUAUAUAAUGUGUGAGGAGAGGCUGUAAGAACAGCUAAAAAUCUUAGAUGGGUCCCUGAAGCACUAGCACAAAUUGUCAGUGAACGUUUGCAGGACUUAUUCUAGACACAUAAAGUAAAUGUAUUUUUCUGGUAUGGACAGUACAUGAAAACUUUGUAAUAUACUUCAGAACUAUAAUUGUGUAAUUUAUCUAAGCAGUGCGUAUAUUGGACCAUCUUGGUCUCUAAAUUUUUACAUAUAGUAUUUCCAAACUUAUGCGCUGAUAUGUGAUUCUGUUUAUGUUUAUAGUUUAUUUUUUGCAUCAUCAACCUGUUCUGGAAACAAAGUGCUAAAUUGAUUUCUGUGACUAAUUUUGCUGGAGGACAGGAUGAUUUGUUGAAAAUUAAUCUAGGCUUGAAACAGUGAAAAAGCUUUUCUAUGUGGAAAGAGCAGUGUGGGGUUUUUACAUUGAUAGCCUGCUUACCAACAUAAAGGGUUUUUAAUUAAAAAAAGCCUAAAUCAUGAAGGAGUUUCUUAAUCCAUUUAUUUAUCUUUUGACUUCAAUCUCUUGCUAGCAGAUGUUAAGAACGCUUCUAUCCUAAGCGUCAGGUACUGUAUGGUAUGUGCUUCAUGUAGUCUUUGUACUUUGUUGUAUAGCUUUUUAUGUAAUUUGUAUUGCACUGUGAAUGUGAUUGAUAAUAAACGUUGAAAAUGUAAACUGGGGGUU